AUGCCGAAACGGAGACGAAGCGAGGAUGAUAUUGGCAAGCAGCCAGCCCCCGCGAAACGAAGUCGCACUGGGUCCAAGCGGAAUCUGCUGGACAUUAGCGACGAAAUCCUUCUGCGGAUCCUGUCAUUUCUCCCUAUUAAAGACCUGCUGAAGACCGAGUGUGUCUCGCGGCGCCUUAAUUCUCUCGCUACCGAUCGUGGAAUCUGGAAGGUGAAAUAUAUGCAAACAUGGGUGCGACCGCGCUCGCGACGGAUUCCUUCUGCAGGACCAGGGCGACAAGAUCACUCGGUUGAUUGGAAAAGCCAGUUCAGAAUCAAAUCAAAUUGGGCAAAGGGCCAGGCUAAAGUAAAAGAGGUCGAGGUCGCUCGUCCACCGGCGCCACCUGUGAUUGCGAAAGUCCAUCGAGGCAUGAUAUACACAGUCGAUCCAGCAACUGGCUUGCGGGUUUGGUCGCAGAGAGACGUGAUGAAGACACCAAGGGCGCAGAUUUGGCUUCAUGCGACGUCGGCAGCCACCUGCAUGGCAGUAGAAACUAUCGACGAUACAGCCUAUAUCUCGCUUGGGUUCGAUGAUGGAUCUCUCGCAAUUUACCUCUACAACUAUAGGGGUCAAUUCGAGCAUCGGUUUAGCCACCAGUCUGCCGAUGGGCCUUUAGUGGCUAUUUCUUUAGCCUUUCCCUACGUGAUGACGGUCUCCAGAACAAAAUACCUGAGCCUGUAUCAGUGGGACUUAAGGGGGAUUCGAGCCGGAGACGCCACCCAUAUAUCGACCAUUGCUCGACUUCAGUCCGAUGCGUCCUUUGCGCCUGUUUCAGUAUCUUUGAGACACGCACCAUCCCAGGUCAUUGCGACCAUCGCCUAUGCAUUUAGCCGAUUUCAGUCUGGAUGGUGCAUUGGGUUACAGGAGAUCCGCUUGAGCACUGCCGGCAGACUUGUGGACAGCAGACUCGCGUCAACAAUCGGACCGCCCUACACAGGUUGGAGCAAAGGGGAUAUGACCACUCGAUCGACAAGCUCCCUGCCGUUGCCGCUGCACCCUCAGCUGAUGAAACCGCCUACAUCGCUUUCUUAUCAACAUCCGUUCCUGAUCGGGACCUUGGCGGACAACACCAUCAUAUCUUUUCUGGUGACUUCAAACGAUGAGAAGCUAGAGAUUAGCGCCGCAAGACGUCUUUGGGGCCACACAUCGGCAGUCUCGGGCGCAGAAGUCAACAAUCGGGGCAAGGCAGUGUCAAUCAGCUCUCGAGGAGAUGAAAUGCGAGUUUGGGACCUGGAACCUGUGAUGACCGCCGAAAGCCAGCCUCGGGCCAGCACUCGGAUAACAGCCGUCGACGCACUUCCUGGUUCCGCUGGACUGUUGGCUCGGAGAGGUCCUGGGUUGCAAUCUGCUCUGGGAGAGGUAAGACGCGAAUUAGAGCUCAUUAGACAGUGGGUUGGCUUCGAUGAUGAGCAGGUGGUGGUGCUGGGCGAACGAGAUCAACGACAGAUUAUGGCAUUAUACGAUUUUACGUAG